AUGGGCGAACUCUCUGCUGAGGCCGUGACGAAGCUGCUUUGCACCCUCCCGGGGAUAGAGCAGGGUAUCAUUGCAGUGGUGCAAACGCUGGCGACCCUAGCGACCGAGUCUGCUGACCGAGAAGCGCGUAUGAAACGCAAAAUUGGCGAGCUGGCAGCGGAAAUGAAGGACUUGAAACAGGAAUUAGUUUCUCUGAAAAACUCCGCCAUUGCCUUGAUGAAGGCAAAGACGACGAACAACAGCUCGCCUGCACCUGCAGUUCAAGCUGACGUACAGCGUACACACAGUAGUACUAGUAGUACUCGUGCCAGCAAACGUAGCGCCAAGCAAGCUGCAGCUGGACGGGUACAGUCAGAUGCGUACAGACUCAGUAGUACUGAUGUCAUGCCCAGUAGUGAAUCAAGGUGUGACAACAUUGAGAGUUCAUGUGAGCCCCCAAGGAUAAAGCAAACCCGUGUCAGGCGUGGGGUCAUUUGGAUUGGAAACCUGCGCCCAGCUAUUAGCAUUGAGCAACUGGAACCCUUUAUCCAACAACGUGCCCUGACAGCCAAUCAGCAGCUCACGAUAUUUAGUAGCAAACUGAUCAGCAAGGCUGAUGGCAAGGUCGGUGCUCGUGUGACGAUCAGCCGAGCCUCAGUUGAAGCCCUCACACAGCCAAACUUCUGGCCCAGGCCUGUUUAUGCACGCCCAUGGGUCUUUCGUGAUGACCAGAGAAACGCAGCAGACAAGAAACAACAGGAGCAACAGCAGAAGACACAGGAAAAUCAGCACCAGGAAUCUACACUAAGUCUUGAACAGAGAAACACAGCAGACCAGCAGCAACAGCAGAAGAAACGGCAGGAGGAGCACCAGAAGACACAGGAAAAUCAGCAUCAGGAAUCUACACCUGAAGAGCACCAGCAUUUGCAGACAGAACAGCAGAACCUGCAUACUGCAUCUAGUGACAGCCAAUGCCCUGCGUCUAAUGACAGCCAAUGCCCUGCGUCCAGUGACAGCCAAUGCCCUGCGGCUAAUGACAGCCAAAGCCCUGCAUCUAGUGAUGUCCAGCAGGACAGUGGCCAGCACCAGCCCAAGCUUCAAGAUACGUCAACUACGUCUGCUCCAGCCAAAGCCACGCCACCUCGCCCUGGAAAGCGUCAUGCAGAAGAUUCCCCUGGAUCCAUGUCGGGAAUACCAUGCAAAAUGCAACCUUCAUCUAGCUGUCAAUGA